AUGGAUUACGAAAACCGCAUCAAGGCCUACCGCUUCGUGGCCUACUCCACCGUGGCCUUCUCGGUCAUCUCCGUGGUCACCGUGUGCUUCACGCUGCCCAUGUUGCACAACUACGUGCAACGCGUCCAGGACAGCAUCGAGCGUGAGCUCCACCUCUGCGAGGGCUCCGCCAAGGACAUCUGGUCCGAGGUCGCCCACCUGAAGAACAUCCCCAUGGCCGCCAACCGUACCGCUCGUCAGGCUUACGGAGGAGGUGGCGGUGACUCAUGCUCCGCUUGCUGCUCCGGUGGUGGCCCAGGACCCGCCGGACCACCCGGUCAGCCAGGUCGCCCAGGUAACGCCGGAGCCCCCGGAAGCCCAGGACAGCCCGGCCGCCCAGCCGUCGCCCCAUGCGAAGCUCUUGCCCCACCACCAUGCAAGCCAUGCCCAGGAGGACCACCCGGACCACCAGGCCCACAGGGAGCUCCCGGAGACAAGGGACCCGACGGACAGCCAGGACAAGGAGGUGGCUACCCACAACCCGGACCCCCCGGACCCAAGGGACCCCCUGGCCCACCCGGACCCAACGGAAACCCCGGAGCCCCAGGACAGCCCGGAGCCCCCGCUCAAGGCGGACAGGCCGGACCAGCCCCACCAGGACCCGCCGGAGACGCCGGACCACCUGGACCACCCGGACCAGCCGGACAGCCAGGAGCCCCAGGAGGACCCGGACAGCCAGGACCCAAGGGACCACCCGGCCAGCCAGGACAGCCAGGAAACGACGGAAAGCCCGGAGCCCCAGGACAGGCCGGAGCCCCAGGACAGGGUGGAGAGCGCGGUAUCUGCCCCAAGUACUGCGCCAUCGACGGUGGAGUCUUCUUCGAGGACGGAACCAGACGCCGUUAA